AUGUCAAAUUGGUUUAAAGUUGCUAUUGAACAAAAAUAUAUUACAUUAUUCGACUAUGAUCCUUUUCAGGAAAUGAAAGAAAUUGGCAGAGGAGGAUUUGGUGCUAUAAAGAGUGCUUAUUCAAGAGAUAUUGAAAAAAUUAUUGCUUUAAAGAGUUUAUAUUGGGACGAUAAUGAUAUUUCAUUGAAUGGAUUUAUUAAAGAAGUUAAAAACAUUAAUAGAGUUACACAUCAUGAUAAUAUAAUACAUUUUUUGGAAUCACUCAAGGUAUAUUAA